UGUUUACGUCCCUAACUUCCGGUAAAAUCCAUUUUGAGAAGGGUCCAAUUAGGUUAGUCCAAAUUUUAGCGGGAACAUCUCAUUGUCGGAGGUCUUGUAGCAAGAAAGACGAUGCCUGGGAAAACGAUACCCCCGAUCACGACAGAAAUCGUGGAAAAGUUGAAAGAGCUGGAGGAAGAAUUCCAAGAUGGUGAUCUUACAGAAAAGGGAUAUUGGAAAAAGAAAUGCAAGUUAUUUGAUGGCUAUCUGCCUGAGGAUGUCAGCAAAAUUAUUACAGGACUGGAAAAAGGACUGAAAGAGAACAUCAUUACAGAGAAGGGAUUUUUCAAGAAUCUCAAGAAGGUGUUUGAUAAAGUGUACGACAGUGAGAAUGGGGUGAUGAUAGAGACGGGAGGAUCCAGCAAGAAAACGGGGAACGGCCUGAUGGACUGUGAGAAUGGAGACCACAGGAAUGGGGAUCAAAAUAAACAGGGGAGCGGGGAUCAAAGUAAACAGCAGAACGGGGAUCAAAGUAAACAGCAGAACGGGGAUCAAAGUAACCAGGGGAACGGGGACAAAGCUUCAGAGGAAGACUCAGAGACCAAGCUGGAGUCCAAACCUGAUACUAAGCCUGGAACUAAUAGCAAGCCUGCAGAUGAGCCCAAAACAGAAACCAAAAAUGGAGACUCAUCAAAAGAAGAAGAUUCACAGGCUGAAGAUGACAGUGAGAGAAAUGAGGAAGAGAUGGAGGUUGAAGAGAGUAAAAGUACACCAGCCAAGUCAAAGAGAAACAAAAAGUCAAAGAAAACAUCAAACCAGCCAUCAAUAACUGCCAUGUUUUCUAGAACCCCCGGGAAGAGAAAGUCUAUGGCUGAUGAUGAGAAUGUUGCUGUCCCUGACCAGGAGAAGGAGGUGAAGAAAGCGAAGUUAGAGGAUGGAGAAACCGUGGACCUGGAGGGAGAUGAAAAGAAUGUAGAAGAAAAGACCAGACCUAAAGCUCCCCCUGCCAAACCUAAAGCACCACCUGCCAAGUGUCGGGAAUGUAAACAAUUACUGGACGACCCGGAUCUGAGGAUGUUUCCAGGAGACCCCGAUACAGCAGUAGAAGAAUUUAUAGCCCUGACUGAUCCAAAGCUUUCUGUGUUUACUGGGGAAGAGGAAGAAAUUCACAGCUACGAUCAGAGACCUCAACAUAAAAUCACAAACUUCAGUGUAUAUGAUAAGAAUACCCACCUUUGUCCAUUUGACACGGGGCUAAUAGAGAAGAACAUAUACCUUUACUUCAGUGGAGUUGUUAAACCCAUCUAUGAUGAAAACUCCAGUCCAGAGGGGGGCAUACCAGCUUGUAAGUUGGGUCCAAUCAAUGAAUGGUGGACUGCAGGAUUUGAUGGAGGGGAAAAUGCUCUCAUUGGAUUUAGUACAGGCUAUGCGGAGUACAUCUUGAUGUCCCCCAGUGAGGCUUAUCAACCUUAUAUGGACACGAUGAGGGAGAAGAUUCACAUGAGUAAAGUGGUCAUUGAAUUUCUACAGAACAACCAAGAGGCUACAUACGAGGAUCUCCUCAACAAAAUACAGACCACAGUGCCCCCUACUGGACUGUCCAGUCUCACUGAAGACUCAUUAUUAAGACAUGCCCAGUUUGUACUGGAUCAG